CCUCCCAUCACUUCAUCAUCCACAACCAUCUUCAACACCAACUACUCAUUCCAACUCUAUCUCUUUCCAACUCUGUCAUCAUGCAGCUCAAGAACUUCGUCCUCGCCGCCUCGGCCGCUGCCACUGCUGCUGCUCUCCCCUCUGCCUCCAGCAGCUCGGCCAUUCCCUCCUCCGCCGUCCCCUCCACUGCUCCUUCCGCCUCUGCCUCUGCUGCUCCCCUCGGCCAGAAGCCCUUCAACGUCCUCUCCAUCCACUCCGGUGAUGCCGUCCAGUACGCCGCCUGGAACGCCGCCAAGGGCAGCCUCUUUGCCGGCCUGAAGUCGCAGAACGCCAGCUGCGCUCGUCCCCAGGAGCAGUCGGCCACUUUCUACAUCCAGGACGGUGCUCUCUUCCUCUACAAGACCGACUUCCCCACCCAGGAGUUCUACGUUGACCGUUCCGGCAUGGGCCAGGGCAAGAUCGGCUACACCACCGGCGCCCAGCCCACCCCCAGGAACUCCGAGCGCCAGGGAUGGGCUAUCGACGCCAACAACCAUCUCCAGUUCGCUGGAAAGAACCUCAUCGCCUGCCCCAACAGCAUCGACGGUGCCUACAGCAUCUGGGCCAGCGCUGGCACCAACACUCCUGGCUACAACAAGGGCUGUGUGGGCAUUGCUGCCCGUGUUGAACAGGCUAAGAACCCCAACGCUUGCCAGUACACUCAGUAAGCUAUGUCUUUAUAAGAGAGACUUGGGGAAUAGUAUAUAGUCGGGAAUGAUGGAUGUUCACAUACUCAUCUUUCUCUCCAUCUCCAUGUCCAUAGAAAUCUGUGAUACCAUUGAAGAUAUUUGACCUCAGAUUCACCCAUAUAAAUGAUAUUCUACAGUUGUCUAUUCACAGAAAAAUAAAACGGAUUUACG